GAUAAGGAGUUUACGAGUGUCCUCGAGAAUGAGAUCAAGCACGAAGAGGAGCAAGGUGAUGAGGUUCCUGAGUAUAUCACCAACUACUUGAAAACAAGUCCCUUUCAAAUCACUGAUAAGCCCGGCUCUGACGAGGUCAUCUUGACUCGCAAGUUCGGCAACGAAGAUAUCAAGGUUGUUUUCUCGGUCUCAGAUAUCAACAAUGCAGAUGAGGAAGAGGAACUGGACUUGGAAGGGGAUCUCGAAGACGAGGGUCAACAGCAGCAGAGUCUUUCUGCUUCUGGCGAUGAUACAGAGGAGGGUGAAGAUGACCUCGAAUCAUUGACCUUCCCUGUCCGCUGCUUGAUUACAAUCUCCAAGCCUAAUGCUGGAAGCAUCUCUGUGGAUGCCAUUGCUCAGGAUGGCACCUUCAUUGUCGAAUCCAUUUCCAACAUCAAAGACUCUGUAUUGGCCAAUACCUCGACUGCCGAGGCAGAUUGGGAGAAGCGCGGAUUGUAUAGCGGCCCUCCUUUUAGUGAGUUGGAUGAACAGCUCCAGAUCACGUUCGAGAAGUAUUUGGAGGAGCGUCAGAUUGAUGGAGACCUUGCCAACUUUGUACCAAAUUAUGUCUUCCACAAAGAUCAGGUUGAGUACACCAACUGGCUCAAGGAGUUGAAGGGCUUUGUUUCUGCCAAGUAA